AUGCUCUUCCCCACCCUGCUCGCCCUCCUCGGCGCCGUCGCCGUCUCGGCCGCCCCCAUCGGUGAGACCGCCGUCGAGGUAGAACAGGUCGAAGCUAGGGCCUGCGCCUACACCUGCGGCAGCGUGUGCUACACGACCACCCACAUCCAGUCCGCCCUCAACAAGGGUUACUCGCUGGAGGAAAGCGGGAACGACAUCAACAACUAUCCACACCGGUACAACAACUACGAGGGCUUCGACUUCCCGACCUCGGGCCCGUGGUACGAGUUCCCCAUCAUGUCGAGCCACAGCGUCUACAGCGGGGGGUCGCCGGGACCGGACCGUGUCAUCUUCGACUCGGACGGCAACUUUGACAUGCUCAUCACACACACGGGGGCGAGCGGGAACAACUUUGUUGCCUGCAGGUCGGGCUAG